AUGCCUACAAUGUUCUUUUGUCUUCAUGUUAAUUGGAAUCUCAAGUUGUCACUCAAAUUUUCUUUAUAUUUUCUUAAUCAAAGAACAAGUUUAGUUCACUUAAUUACGAAUACAAAUAAUUGCAAAGCUAUGAUCCCGAAUCUCAAAAUUGCAUAUCUAUUAUUGUUGAUUGUUCUUAUUGAUGUCGGUCAAGCAGCUUUUAGUAAAGUGCCACCACCACCAAGACGUCCAGAUCAUCUUCUUUCACGAGAGGAUUUGAAACAAUACUUACAAAAAGUUCAUGAAUAUCAUUCAAUUCUUGGUCGAUGGCGUCUUCGACGUGAACUUGAUAAACUUUCAUCUUUGCAUACUUUCAAUGAUGAUGCAAUGAAAUAUUUUGACGACAAUUAUGAUUAUAUUAAAACAAAUAUAUAG